AUGACAUCGAAAGUAAAGGACAAACAUUUGUCAACACAUCGAUCAGUCAUAUUACAUUAUUAUAAUAUGGGUCAUCGUUGUGCUGCUGAAAUUGCUCGACAAACAAAGAUCCCCGUACGUACUAUCCAGUAUAAUUUGGCGAAGAUUCGGAAAGAAGGUAGUGUGGAACAUCGACGUGGUAAUGGACGACCUCGAAAAAUCUCAGCUGAAGAUAAUGUUGCAAUUGGUCAAUGGAUUCGACGAAAUAAUGAAAUUACAUCCACGGAAAUUGUCGAAAAACUUCAAAAAACCAAAAAUUUAAGCGUAUCACGAUGA